AAAGGACAGAAGCUGCAUAGCCAGAGAGAGCGUGAAGAUGAUGCAAGUUUCAUGCUUCUUAAAAUAAACAGUGAACCAGAGGUGACCCAUCAUCACACGUAUCAAUUGUAUUGGAUCGGAUCGGAUCAAUCACAAUCAUCAGUGAGUGAGCUAGAUGAGCAUGGCAUGCAUGCAUGGCCCAUUUGCUAGGUCUUGCUCCCUAGCCAGGGAUGCCGCCAUUGCCCAUUGGAGGCAGGCGGAUUUGUCGGCUUCUCUACGGCGCGGAAGAGGAAGGUAGUAGGGACUAGGGAGAGACUGCGAGCAUGCCUGCACACCGCCGGCCGACCGCUAGACACUGCGUGCGUCUCGUCGCUCCACCACCUCGGGAUUUACUCCAUCUCUUCUCUUCUCUCUCGAGCGCACUCGCUCCCAAGCACCGCUUCCUCCCGCCAGCGAUCGAGGAAUGGUGACAGCGACCCCGCCUACCCGCGCUGGUCCUGAUCACCAUGGACGACAACGUCCGCGCCAAGACUCGAUCUUGCGCCGGCGGCGAGACCUCGUCGCACGCGGCGUCGAGGGUCGUCAUCGCGCAGCAGAGGGCCGCCGCGCGGCGCCGGCAGCAGCAGGCGUGCGAGCAGAUGGUGCUCACCACGCUGGACCUCGACCGCCGCGACCGCGAGUCCGAGCUCCUCGCGCUCGCGCGCCUCCACGCCGUCUCCAUGCUCGACGCCUCCUUCCUCCACGGCGGGGACGGCGUGGGCGGCGGCGUCCACCACGUCGCCCUCGCGCGGCGCCGGCGCCGGCGCCGAGGAGUGGCUGGGUGA